AUGUCUACGCUAUUCAGGAAACAACCCGAAGACCUCUUGCUAUGCGUCUUCGUUCACGGCUUCAAUGGGAACGACAAAACCUUUAACACUUUCCCUUCUACAAUCGCAUCUAUACUUCAGCAAGUUAUAGAGAUUGUCUCUGUGGAAUCGAUAGUCUUCCCCGAAUACAAAACGAGGGGCGACUUUUCUGCUGCAGUGGACCAUUUCACGGAAUGGCUGUACCUUCAAGUCAAGCAGCGAGAAAGAAAGCGAGCGAGCGGUGCUGCAAAAAAGGCAAAGGUCGUCCUUUGCGGGCACUCCAUGGGCGGUUUACUUAUUGCGGAUGCCAUUAAGUCUAUGAAAGAGAAAUAUCAAGGCAAUCAAUCUCAGCCGCGCAUUAUUGCAGUCCUUGCCUUUGACACUCCCUAUCUAGGGUUACAUCAAAACCUUUGGAAAAAUAAAGUCAGAGAGGGCCUUUCGGUUGCUAGCUAUGUGCAAAGCAUCGCCUCAUUGCUUGGUGGGCUCGCCCUUGGAGCGAGUAAACCCAAGUCGGUAGAAGGAGCGAUGAUUCCCAAGGCUACCAACUCGUUGGUACCCACCACCCCUGCUGGAGGUGAGCCACCAACAAACAGGAAGAAGUGGCUGGCGAUGGGAGGUGUAGCUCUCGUUGCAACUAGUACAAUUGCCGCCGCAUACUACUACAAAGAUAAGAUUAUCAGCAACGUUACAUCUGGAAUGACGUUGCUUACCGAAUAUCUGGAAUAUGUCGGGGCCCUGCACAAUGAACCGAAUAUGAAGAAUCGACUCGAUUAUCUGGUACAACUCAGCCAAAAUCACGAAAUCACAUUUAGAACAUUUUACACAUACCUACCGCCCAAAGUAGAGCUUGGACAAGGUCAAUCGCGAACCUUUAUUACCCUCCCCUUUGGCAAUACCGAUGCGGCUCAGUACUUUGUAGCAGCAACCAACACACUUGCCACGGAUGAGAUUCAAGCGCAUACGGGUAUGUUCGAUCGCGAUACCAACGAUUGUUACGACGAGCUUGAGAAAGCGACCGCCCGAUCGAUCCUCCUGGCAAUUAAAUCUCUGCGAAAGACUGAGAAGACGAUGCGAGUAGCAGGGAAGCCGCACAACGAGGAGGAAGAGCUCAAGCAGAACCGAGCCAAGGUGGCGGAGGACAUUUGUGGAAUGCAAGCUGUUGGAUGA